AUGAAUGAUAUUUAUACCAGUGAUAACUGUGAAUACAAUGUUGUUUUUUAUAUUUUCAGAUCCAAAAUCUGGCAAGAAAAAUUAGGAAUGAGAUUCAUGGGAGAGAAUCUCCGAAAUUACAGAAUAUGCUCUAAACAUUUCACUCUAGAAUCAUACACAGAUUCUAUAAAUCAUAGACUGCUCAGAGAUGCAGUUCCAAUGCAGUUCUUCAAUAAAUCACUCGCUUCGACUUCUGCAACGCCAGAAAAAUGUGAAGAAAGCAGAUUUAUUGUAUCUGAAAGUAGCAAUGAUAUGCCAAUCGAAUCUGAUAUCCCAAAUAUUAUUGAAUCAGACUUCAAGUCGAAACAUAAAAGAUCGUUUUUCGGCCAUCUCUCAGUCAUAUAUGAUGAUAUGCUGGACGGCGAAGUUUCUCUAUGGAGGCCUAUGAGAACUAUGGAGGCCAAAUUCUCGCAUGUUCGUUGGGCUUAUGAGCAAGACAAGGCAUCUCCUUAUGUCUUCAGGUCCCUUCAUAAGCUGAAAGAUAAUUUUUUUGACCCAAUCAUGAAGUAUACCAUGAAGGUUAACAUAGCUGCACAAGUAAUGAGUAGAACUGUGUCAGCAUAUUUGUACUCGAUGAUAAGAAAUGGAGCAAUGCAACAGGAGUGUAUUGCUACAGCCUUAUUCCUGAUGGAAGUAGAUACGCUGUUCGAUAGUCUUAAUGGGAACACCAACCAGUCAGGAAAGGAGUUGAAAUGUUAUAUUAGUGAAAACUCUCCUCAUAUUGAAUAUUGGCCAAAAGCUUUGCAAAUGGACAAUAAUGAUCUUCUCAGCAAUUUAAAAUCAUUUCUGGAGAAAGAUGAGAAAGAAGGAGAAUAUCAACCUAAUGAAGUUGAAGUCAUAUGUAUGCCAGAAAUAUCAACAGAGGAGACGGUAUCCAUAAUUGAAGCAGAUGUGAAUGGAGGCCGUGCAGAAACUUUUUCAGUAGCUUAUGUUGCUGGUUUCAUUUUGAAAGGCAUCUAUAAGAAAAUAACGUGUACGGGUUGUUCUGCUCUAUUGUCAUCAGAUGUGUUGGAGGCACACAACAUGUUCAUCUGGAACAAGGAAUGGUCAGAUGAUAAGAGGAGUUUGUAUUAUCCAAGUGUUGUAUUCACAAUAUCCAUUGCACAAGCAUCAAUUUCAUGGUUGCGCGAAAUCGCUCCCAUACUUCAAAACAAGAAAACAGUAAUACACAAAAGAAUAAUUCAUAAUUCCCGCGCUAAACGCUACACCAGUGCCUUUGGCGCCAUCUACAAAUAG